CGGGUUAUACGAACAUAUCAACUCACAGGUUCUUCCAGGUGUUUAGAAUUCCACCGCACUGCCUUGCUCAUUUCCCACAUCCUGCCCUGCCCUUUUCUGUCCUCUCUCAUCUUGUUCUGUUGGUUAGUGGUGCCACGUCCUCACCGGGUGUCGUCCCGCCCACAAAUAAGAACACGAUUUGUCUGUUGUAACGUUACUUGUGCUCGCAUAUCUAGACUGUCUUAACUAUUGUUCUGCUGCGGUUUUCAACCCUUGUCCCCUCGUCCACGCUGUCCCUCUGUCUGUCCCCUAAAACCCUUUUCUGUCCGGCUGCAUUUUCAAUAAACAUCACAAUAAUACAGGUCACGUAAAAAAAAAAAAAUAAAAAAAAAAAAGUAAAAUGGCGAUGUUCUCCCAAAAACUGGGGAACACACUUUUCUACCUAAAACGACAUCGGUUAUGACAUUUUGGUCUUCAUUUACGGUCGCUUCCAUCUUGGUCAUUCUUGGGUGCUUCUUUGAUUGGCUACAUUUUAUUUCGAAUCGGGAGAAGUCCGCGUUCCCCACAUGAAGAGUUUUGGUCGUAAUUAUAGAACACGCUGAUUAUUUACGAUUGUCGGCCCCGACCUGUUUCAUGACCCUAAAAUCGAGACGACUCCACUCUUGAGACACAUCAGACCUAAGGUCAAUGUUAUAGGACCAUCUUAUAAGACUUAAUAUUGUCUGGCGUUUGACGUGCAAGGUCGGGUACGGGCAGAAACGGCAUAAAAACACGACGAUUGUCGUCAUGUGUGUACCGGGGCCUGAGCCGAUAGUUCCCCCCCCCCCCCCCUCACUGCCCGAAAGGUGACUCAGCGAAUGGCUCGAGUUCAACGUCACUGGCUAUUUUACUGUACAUGGCGGCUGUUCGCCAUCUGACGCCAUCUUUUCUCACACUACCUAGCGCCAUACAUACUCCGUUUGUGCCACACAUAGUGUCAGGCGCCUCAACUUGUCCGACUUCCAACACGUUGGCAUUUCUCUCCUUCAUAAUCGCCACGAUGAGCCGAGAUUCGCCUUCUAAUUGUCGUCUUCUACUUCGACUCCAAACUGCGCUGACGUCCGAUCCAAAGCGAUGCAACGCUGCCAUCUGUUGCCGUCUAUUUACCAUUACAAACUUUACUUUUACAGACAAGCUGGGCGAGAACCUCUUCCACGUCUACCCAUGAAAAAUGUUUUGAUGAAUAUAUCCGUAGAUGGCAGUGAACGCUUGAAUUGCAGUUGGCCAACAGAAACGACCCUGGCAGUGAAGGACUUCGAUGUAACAUGGCCGUUGUAGCGUGUGACGUGUCACGGUGGUCACGUGGAGCAUGUAAUGUCAAGUUGUCAGGACGUGACCUAAGUUGUCAGGCGGCGUUUCCUCUUGGUGUGUUUUUCCAGUGGGCUGUUUUGUUCUGCACGUUUCCUUUCUUCCUUCCUUCCUUUGUGCCGGAGAGAGCAGAAGAAAAAAAGCGUUUGCGGGUCACUCGACGCUGCCGUCGGCCGGCCAGGCCCGUUUGGAUUUGGAGCCAAUGGGGACCGGCGGCGUCACACGUUGGACUCUGUUUUCCGUUUCUUCUCACGAGACAAAUCGCUCGUCUUUUUUUCACUUCCUUAAAGCUACUUUGCGUUCGACACUCAGCUCACAUUCUCAAAGCCUGCGUUUUAUUAUCACAAUAUUCCUACAAGAAACAUGAUAACACGAGGCCGAAGCGGAACGUCGUGGUCGCGGCAUGUCGGCGGCGCAGACCCAGAAGGAGGGCGGCAGCGGCGAAGGCGGCGGCGGCGGCGGCGGCGGCGGCGGCUGGGCCCGUCUGGAGUCUCUGGGUCUGAGUCAGAAGGAGCUGGUCCUGGCCGAGGCCCUGCAGAUGGAGUACGACGCCCUCUCCAGGCUCAAGCAGGACAAAAAGACCGGGCCGGGGGCGCCGGUCCGAUCCGACCCGUCUCUCCACCGGGCCGCGGGCUCCCGCUCCGGACCGCCCCCCUCCGCUGGGGUGCCCCCUCCCCAGGGGGGACAUCUUUACAUCCUGGACAGUCCCGAGCUGACCAAGCUCAGCCCCGCAGACUCUGAGCUUCUUCCCAAAGUUUUCCAAACCUUUCCUGAGGACAGCCCACCCGCCGUGCCUCCGCGGAACCCCAUCCCGCCGCUUCCGUCUUCAUCGUCGGCGUCCGAGAAUCCGUUCUUGGCGGUCAGAGGGCCCGCGGUGACCCACGACGUCAAUCUGUACACGCCCGACGCAGACCCGCCCAAAGUCACCUCGGCCGAGCUCAACUUCGACAUCGUCGACGACUCGCCGGCCCGACCGAACGGCAGCCGGCGCGACCGGUCCGAGAAGCCCGUGGCGCGGGGCGACACCCUGCCCCCUCGAGUCCCGCCCAGGACGUACUUGCCCGUCGCCAACAGCAACAAGAACCGGCGCCGGGCGUCGGCAGAUCCGGUGUCGGCGGGCUCCCGGACGAACGGCUUCGGCUACGAACUCUUCCAGGUGUGUGAGGAGCGCGACGAGGAGGUGGCGGCCUUCUGCCACAUGCUGGACGUGUUGCGUUCGGCGUACCCGCACAGCGACCGCUGCAAGAACGCCGGCUUGGUGUGGUCCCGGUCGGCGGGCCGGGAGGAGCUCCGUCGGGGCCUCGGCGUCGGCGUCAAGGUGACGGUCGUCGGCGCUCGCUCGGGCGAGUCGCUCGCCUUCACCUGCGACGGCUCGUCCACCGUGGACCUGCUCAUCUACCAGACGCUGUGCUACGCUCAGGAGGACCUGGACCACCUGGACGUGGACGAAUACCUGCUGAAGGUCUGCGGCCACGACGAGUACCUCCAAAACUGUCAGACUUUGGCAGGUUCGGAGUUUGUGCAACAAUGUUUGAAGUUCGACAGGGACGUUCGACUGAUCCUCACCGAGAGAUCUUCCAUCAGCGCGGAGCUGGCGCGCACGAAGGACGACGACGAGCUGGCGUCCACGUUGAACCACGGCAUCCUGCUGCAGGAGCGGCCAAUCAAACAGACGGUCACCAGGGAGGCUCUGACGCUGCUGCUGGACACGUUCCACAACGAGGCCGAGUCCUUCCUGCUGUCCGAGGCGGAGCUGCCGCUGCGCGUGGAGCGGAUGGUCCAAUCGGUGAAGGCGCUGUGCAGCUCUCUGGCGGCCGUGGAGACUCCGGACGUGACGUCGGCGCUGGGCCGGCUGCCCGCUUGCCCGUGCCGCCUGCAGCCCAAAGUCCUCAAGGACGCGUCGCUGCUGUCCGUCCGGGAGAACCGAGAGAAGGUGGUGGAGAGGCUGACGGCGGCCAUCUUGGACCUGGUGGAGUUGUACUGCAGCACGUUCAACGCCAACUUCCACACGGCGCCGCACAACCGCGCCGGCGCCGCGCCCGUCCAGGAGGCGGGCCGCGCCACCGGCGUGCUCUCCUUCAACAUCUACGCCGCGCACCGCGUGCCCGUCACCUGGGCCACCAGUUACGAAGGCUUCUUCCUGUCGUGCUCGCUGACUCACGGAGGGGCGGAGCUCUGCGCGCCGCAGCACACCAGCAAACAGGCGGUCAGCAAGUACCUUUUUCACCUGGUGGUGUGGGACCAGAGGGUGACGUUUCCGGUGCAGAUCAACGAGCUUCCCCGAGAGACGCAGCUGACGGUGACGCUGUACGCCAGCUCUCUGCCGCCCCCCGGCGGCGUGGAGGAGAAGGGCAAGCAGCGGCGCAGCGCGGAGGCGCUGGCCUGGGUCACCAUGCCGCUCUUCAACUUCAGACACGUGCUGACGUGCGGCAGGAAGCUGCUGGGCCUGUGGCCUUCGACCCCGGGUCGGAAUGCCAACGCCCGCUCCGGCUCACCCAACUUCAGCCAGCCGGACAGCGUCAUCCUGCAGGUGGACUUCCCGUCGUGGGCCUUCGAGGUUGGCUUCAGCACGCCGCCCGCCGCUGACUUUUGUCCUCAGUACGACUUUUCGCGGUUGGACGCCGUCAGCCAGAUCACGCUGCGGGACGUCCUGCACAAGAAGGCCUUCUUCUGGCUGACGGCGGAGGACAAGCGUCUGGUGUGGGAGAAGAAGGCGUUCUGCCAGGCGGAGAGCGGCGCGCUUCCUCUGGUGCUGGCCAGCGCCCCCUGCUGGCAGUGGGCCUGCCUGCCGGACAUCUACGCCCUGCUGGGGCAGUGGGCCUGCCCCGGCCGCCUGGACGCACUGGGACUGCUGCACGCCAGGUUCCCGGAUCAGGAGCUGAGGAGGACGGCGGUCCAGUGGAUGGACUCCAUGUCCGAGUCGGAGCUGCUGGACUUCCUGCCUCAGCUGGUGCAGGCGGUGAAGUCCGAGUGCUACCUGGACAGUCCGCUGGUGCGCUUCCUGCUGCGCCGCGCCAUCGGCGACCUGAGCGUGGCGCACUACCUCUUCUGGCUGCUGAAGGACAACCUGCAGGACAGCCAGUUCUGCGCUCGCUAUCAGCACCUGCUGGCCGCCCUGCUGUGCUGCGCCGGCCGCGGCCUCCGAGAGCAGCUGGACCGCCAGUGCUGGCUGGUGUCCGUCCUGGCCGGGGUGGCCCGGAGCGUCCGAGACGCCGCGCCGUCCGCCAGACAGAACGCGCUGAGAGAAGGUCUGGAGGAGAUGAAGCGGUUCUUCUCCGUCAACGGCAGCUGCAGACUUCCUCUCGACCCGGCGCUGCUGGUCCGAGGGAUCGACGUCCAGUCGUGCUCGUUCUUCAACUCCAACGCCGUCCCGCUCAAGUUGUCCUUCCAGAACGUCGACCCCUUGGGCGACAACGUCAACAUCAUCUUCAAGUCGGGAGAGGAUCUGCGUCAGGACAUGCUGACGCUGCAGGUGAUCCGCAUCAUGAACAAGAUCUGGAUCCAGGAGGGUCUGGACAUGCGGAUGGUGAUCUUCAAGUGCUUCUCCACGGGCCGAGGCCGCGGCAUGGUGGAGAUGAUCCCGCAGGCCGACACGCUGAGGAAGAUCCAGGUGGAGCACGGCGUGACGGGUUCCUUCAAAGACCGACCGCUGGCCGACUGGCUGCAGAAGCACAACGCUGCCGACGAGCAGUACGACAAGGCGGUGGAGAACUUCAUCUACUCGUGCGCGGGCUGCUGCGUGGCCACGUACGUGUUGGGCAUCUGCGACCGGCACAACGACAACAUCAUGCUGAAGACCAGCGGGCACAUGUUCCACAUCGACUUCGGCAAGUUCCUGGGGCACGCGCAGAUGUUCGGCAACAUCAAGCGGGACCGGGCCCCCUUCGUGUUCACGUCCGACAUGGCGUACGUCAUCAACGGCGGCGACAAGCCGUCCAGCCGCUUCCACGACUUCGUGGACCUUUGCUGCGAGGCCUACAACCUCAUCAGGAAGCACACGCACCUUUUCCUCAACCUGCUCGGCCUGAUGUUGUCGUGCGGAAUUCCCGAACUGUCCGACAUCGACGAUCUGAAGUACGUCUACGACGCGCUCAGACCUCACGAGUCCGAGGCCGACGCCACCAUGUACUUCACCAGGUUGAUCGAGUCGAGCCUGGGCAGCGUGGCGACCAAGCUGAACUUCUUCAUCCACAACCUGGCACAGAUGAAGUUCGCCAGCGCCGACGACGUCCCGUCGCUGUCGUUCGCUCCCCGCGUCCGCUCGGCCAAGAGCGACGGCGCCAUCCGGAGUCUCUACGUCUGCGCGCGUGCCGCCGCCGCCGCCGCCGCCGGCGGGAAAGCUCACACGUACGUGGUGAAGGUGGAGCGUGACGGCCAGCGGGAGGUGCAGUUGGUGCAGAGGACCUUUGAGGAGUUUCAGGAACUUCACAGCAAACUCAGACUCGUGUUUCCCUCCAGCAAGUUACCCAGCUUCCCCAGCCGCUUGGCGAUCGGCCGUUCUCGCGGCGACGCGGCGGCGGAGCGGCGGCGCGACGAGCUUAACGGUUACGUGUGGCACCUCCUGCACGCCGCGCCGGAGGUGGCGCAGUGCGAUCUGGUCUACACCUUCUUCCACCCUUUGCCCAGAGACCAGCGGCCCGGAGCGAGCGGCAGCAAAGCAGAGCCGUCGUGGCCGGCGUCUUCCGGAAAAGCGUCGGGCGAGGUCAAGCUGUCCAUCUGCUACCGGAACGACAAACUCUUCAUCAUGGUCAUGCACAUCCGAGGACUGCAGGCCCUCCAGGACGGGACCGACCCGGACCCGUACGUGAAACUCUACCUCCUGCCGGACCCGCACAAGACCAGCAAGAGGAAGACCAAAGCGGCGCGGCGCACCCGCAACCCGACGUACAACGAGAUGCUGGUGUACGAGCGCAUCCCCCGCGGCGACCUCCAGCAGCGCGUGGUCCACGUGCGCGUGCUGGGCGACGGCGCCUUCUGGGACAGCACCCUGCUGGGAGAGGCCUUCGUCCCCCUCGGGAGGCUGGUCCCGGGACACCACUGGGUGGACUGGCACCCGCUGGGGGGCGCCGCUGACGCCCGCUGACUGACGCCCGCCGCGCUAACUUUUAGUCUAAACGAGUAAACGAGAGCACAUACGGAAAGCCCUUUCAGCGUUCCAUCCGUAUCUUACCAGUGCGCCCGAUUGUCCGUGUACGAGUAGUACGUGCUCGGUCCUCACGAACACGACACUUCAGCGCUCUCGUCAUACAAGUGUGUGUUUUUUUGUUUUUUUUUCUUCCCCAUUGCUGAAUGACAUUUCUGCGCACCGGUGGAAAUGCCUCGGGUGAAAUAGCGGAAGAACGACGGCGCCCUCGUAGUACAAGGAAGGCACACUAGUAGAAUGACUAGGAUGCACUACUAACAUGUCCCCCCACUAUUGCCUUCCACCACUGUAUGACAUUUCCGGGCGCGAGUGGGACGUCCGGCUGUAUAACGACGACGUGUUAUUAGUGAGGCAAAACUGUGCGCUAGCUGACAUCUGCACCCUGCUAGCUAGUUCUAUGAGCGAAGUGCCGGAUGUUAACAAGUACAAUGUUGGAAUGUCACAACACGCAGUUAGCAACGAGUGCGCAGAUUUGCCCCAUUGGUAAUGUUCUACUAGUGCGCUGAAUUGUCUUGCUCGUGAGGACAAAGAGACACGAGCAAAUGAGCGCACUAGUAGAAUAUGGCAAAAAGGCUGAAUGUACAGUUGGCUGAGUUUUAUUGUGAAAGGCUCAAGUGAAGCGCUUCCUCUUUUGAUUUUUGCCAUUCACAGAUGCAUUGUGGGAUAAGCGUGGGGGUGUCGUCACGGCAACGGGACCGGCGUCACGCGACCGAACUGGAUUCCGUGUGAUUUUCUACUUUUUGUAAACAUAAACUGAACUUUUGAAAGCUGCAAAGAAGAAAACCGGAAGUGAUGUCACAGAAUGUAACCGCGUAACGUGUACAUCGUUUUGCUCCGAAUCACUUGUCACGAGGUCAUCUGCAUCCAACGAGCAUUUUACGACCGCGCAGCUUUCACUUUGUUUUGUAUGAUUUGCACUCCCAAAUAAACUUGAAGACUCAA